AUUUAAAUGCAGAACCGACUCAUAACUAACUGGGCUGGGUUGUUUGAUUUGCAGUAAAAAGUUCGUCCGGAAUAAAAAACAUUAUGAUACAUUUUUGUUUUGAAAAUGGAUAGCAUUAAAAAACACUUUUGACAAGCUAUAGCCUAUGUAUCAGUGUUUAAUCUCUCUAUCUCAAAUCAAGCUUUUCACCCAUGUUGGCUCCCAAUGCCCCCUAUUUUAGUUGCAACGGCUCCUGACAGCAAAAAGGUUGCCGACCCCUGGGAUAGCCACUUCGCACAUCCAUCCACUGUGUAGGUGGCGCGUCAGACAGAGACAUCUUCACUUUGUCGCAUGCCAUCGAUGUGUACCGGAGCCCACCUUGCCCGUAUUCACUCCGAAGAACGUUACGAUGCCAGGUACCUGAGGUGAAUUGCGAACAGAUUUAUUGAUGUCUGUAAAAAGUCUGUUGAUGGAUGAAGUGACAGCAAAUACAAGCAAGCGGAUACUGUACGUGUGCUGUACAUCUGAUGAAUAACAACAACAAUAGGCCUGCAUUCAUAUAUUCGUCAUGGAGAAGUAGUGUUUCGAGAUAUUCUACCCCCAAAGGGAUGAAAACAGAAGCAGCGAUGGCAGACCAUUGUCUCUGACACGAGUUAUGAGGACUACACGACCUGUGCAACACAGCUAGCAGGUCUGAUCUGUUUUCUACAUCUGGGACUCUAAAGCCUGUGACCAUGGAGGUGGAGGGGAAGGCGGAGGUGACGGGGGACGCUAAGGUGGAGCUGGCCGAGCCGGAGGGAGGUGCCGCCUCGGGCCACACCUGCCGGGUCUGCGGACGCAGUUUCCCUCUCCUGAGCUCUCUGUCCCAGCACAUGCGCAGACACACCCGGGAGAAGCCCUACAAGUGCCCCUACUGUGACUACCGCACAGCCCAGAAGGGGAGCCUGAAGACCCAUGUGAGGAGCCACAAACUUGGCCUGGUUCUGCAGAGCCUGGGGGCCGAGGGUGAGGCCGGGGGGGAGGCGGCCGGGGUGGAGGCCGGGGCGGAGAAGGGGGACCAGGAGAAGAAGGAGGACUCUGAUAGGCUGGAUGCCGCCGCUCCUCUGACCAAUGGCACCGCUGCCAGGAAGCACAAAGUCAACGGGCGGACGAAGAAGAAGGCCUCUAAGAAGAAGACGAGAGAGGCUGUGAGGGAGGAGCCUCCUCAGACCAGUGGGGAGGCCGCGGGGCCUGCGGAGGCCGAUGGACCGGACUCUGGAGGUGAGGCCGGGGCCGAGGUUGAAAACGGGGGAGAGGCUGAAACUGAGGGAGAGGCUGGAGCCGAGACUGGGGCAGAGGCUGGGGCCGAGGCCGGGGCCGAGCUGGAGGCCGAGUCGGGUCCGUUCCCCUGCGGCUCCUGCAGCCAGGUGUUCCCCCGAGCCUCGCUCCUGAAGACCCACAUGAAGAAGCACCGCUCCUCCCAGGACCACGGCUGCCGCAUCUGCGGACGCCGCUUCCGCCAGGCCUGGUUCCUCCAGAGCCACAUGCGGAUCCACCGGGCUAAGCCCGCCCCCAGGGGCGCCGAGGGCGGAGAAGCCCCGCCCACCAUCAACGGCGCUCCCCAGGAGCAAGCGUCCCUCGCUAACGACGAGUGCCUCUACGAGCUCUGCGCCGGCUGUGGAAACUUCUUCCACGACCGCAAGACCCUCCGGGUCCACGAGAGGGUCCACAAGCAGAGCCACGCCAGCCAGGCCUCGCAUCCCCAGCCAGAGGCCCCCGAGACACCCGCCGCCAAGGCCCGCUUCCUGGGGUGUCUGAACCUCCGUGCGGUAGGGGGCCAUCCGGAGGAGGCGGGCCAGGGAGGGAGGAUUCCCCAGCUGGACCCGGUGAGCAGCUACCAGGCCUGGCAGCUGGCUACGCGCGGGCGGGUGGUGGAGGUGGCGGAGAAGGGCCCGGGCUGGGUGGAGAGGCUGGCGGACGCGGAGGUGGCGUACGGCAAGGACAGAGGCCAGUACGUCCCGGCGAAGGCGGACAGGAAGAGGAAGCAGCUGGACGUGGGUCCCGGGGGCAAGAAGAAGAAAGGUGGUGCGGGCGGGGAGGGGGCCGGGGGCCGCGGGGGGGCGCUGCACCGGGGGGGCCGGGCUCUGCUGACCGGACUCACCCCCGAGGCGUUCCUCGCACUGCAGAAGAAGAGGGUUAGGGAGGGGCACACGUCCACCAGACAAACCAGCAUCAUCACUGACACAGCUCACAGAGAUAAGAAGCCAUACAUGUGCGAGCACUGCGACUUCCACACCCCGGACGCCUCCGCCCUCAGCUCCCACCUUCUCAGGCAACACAAGGACUUGAUCCACCUUCACAACCCCCGCGGCGUCGGUCAGGAUGACCCCAGCGGGGUGAAGGGUUACAUGGGUUACCUCAAGCUCCGCAGCACUCUUCUCAGCCAGCCGUUCUGGAGCCCGUUCGCCGGCUCCGCCUCCCAGCAGAUGAGGCCAGAAGUGAUUGGCCAGCCCGGGACACCAGGAAGGACCGAGGGACGAGGGAAAGGCGAUGCCGGCGUGGAUGCCAGCCUCCUCAACCUGUCCGUGCCGGCUGAGGGCCCGGCUGAGGGCCCGGCUGAGGGCCCGGCCGAGGGCGCCGCCAAGCCCGCCGUGCAGGCGGAGGGCCGCUUGGUGCGUCACCGCUGCCCGUACUGCGUCCACACCACCCACUACCCAGAGGUCCUGUGGAUUCACCAGCGCGUGGCUCACAAGGUGGACGGCGCCAGCUCUCUGGCACCCAAAUGGGCGCCGCACGUCAACGGCGUCAAGGGCGCCAAGCCGGGGGGGGCCAAGCCAGGGAGACGGACGGGACCCCCGCCUUUCCUGGAGGGCAAGGACUGCCCCGCCCUCCCUCUCGCUCUGACUCAGCGGACGCAGCCCCCGGGCGACGCCGCCACGGGCGACGUUGCCACGCGCGACGCCGCCACGGGCGCCAAGAAAUCUGCACCAAAGGGCGCCAAGAAAUCUGCACCAAAGACUCCAAAGACUCCACAUCCAAACACCUCGCCUCCCUCUCCCGCUCCCCAGCCCAAACCCGCCGCUCAGCCAGCGAGCUCGCACUCGACUGUGGGGAAGGCGCCCCCUAGUGUCCGUAAAACACUCCUACCUCAGAAGAAGUCCAGCGCUCGCCCCGGACACUCGGCGGCGGGCUCCGGGAAGUCCCGUUCCUCGGGCGACACCCGUCCCAAGGUCACCUCGUCAGCCGCCAGUGUCGGCGCCGGCGGCGACAGCCCCGGGUUCUCCUUCCACCCCAGCAGCAGCCUCUGCUAUGGCCGACACAGAGCCUCCUCCGAGGGGGGCCUGCUGCCUCAGGAGGGCCUGGGGUUCAUCCUGGCCCGGAACCAGGCCCGCACCGAGCGCGCUCCACACCCCACCCCCGACAGGACCCACCGCCACAGCCAAUCGCAGGACACCUCCGCCGUCCCCAAGGGUCACGACCUCUGGUCGGUCAUGAACAUGUUCGGGGCUCAUAGAAGUGGGGGCUACCUGGCGCCUGGGGCUCCUCCGAUGGAAGUCGAUAUUCUGAGUCUCCUGAAGAACUACAACCCCCACGAUCUGGCCGCCCUCUACCAGCACUGGGGCUAUGUUGAUCCCAGGUUUGAGCCGCAAGCCUUGCUGCAGUCUAACGGACAUGUGGGAAAUGAAGUCCAUUCCUCCACAGAAGCACCCAAACAAGUCAGCGGCCGGUCCUCCAUGUCCACUCCGUCUCUCCGUAAAGCCACAUGAAGACCCCCACGCCCUCUCCCCCUGCCCUGCGGGGACAGCUCCGCAGCAGGGCGAGGGAGGUCCGGGCAGCCGGCCUACGGAUCCUGUCUCAGGAGAAUCUCCCCCGGACUGAAGGAGUCACGCAGAAAGCAGGAGAUGUUGGUGAAGGUCCAGCAAUGAGUCUCUGGUGUUCAGAGAGAGAAACACCUGCAGUAUGGAUACAGGUGGACCGCUGGCUAGCAGGAUCCCGCCAGCGACAGCUACCUAUGGCCGUCUUCCAGGGGUUUGAUGAAAACAUUCGAAGAUCGUUCUCCUAAGCCAAUCAAACACAUUUUCCCGUUAUAUUUGACAGUUUGGAUACGGGUAGUUCAGAUCAGUGGAUUUGUAUUUUUUUUAAAUGUUCCAAAAACCAUCAACUGUUGUUUUGCCCCGAAUUGGGUUUUCUUAAAGGUUGGGACAGAUUGUGAGACAUCCUGUUCCUUCAUAUAGAAGUUUUUUUUUCUUGGUUUGUUGCUACUGUGAAGUGCGUGUCCACAGGGUUAGAGGAUUGUUUAGUUACCCUCCUGCGUUGGGAUCUUCAAGACAUCCAUCGGACGAUUCCAGAUGGAUGCGACGAUGAUAAGCUCUCCCUGAGCUGGUGUUGAUUUACUUUUGAGUGUUCAGUAAUUUAGUUGUCUAAAACUUUGUGUUGGGUGGAAACUUUAUUCGCUCGGUCAUGUCAGUGCUCUUCAUCUUGUUGAAGUCAAAAAGUUGAAGAAAGUACCGACUGUCUUGCCACAAAAUACAAGAAACAAAAUCUCUACUGGAAACCUUUUGCAUGUUUUUUUUACAUCCACAGCAAGCAACACAAAUGCAACGUUUGAGUUAAAUCUUAGAGAAUGUUUGCUGUGAGGAAAGCUGACAACCAGUCGCCUACUUUUCUGACAGACUACACGUGAUUCUAGAAAUCAUCUAGGAGCUAGAGCCCAGAUACGGAUGUUUUAAAAUGGUUUGCUUUAUUGGAUUCUAUUUAUGUUGUUCAGUAGGUAGGCCCACCUAUCAGUUAUUGGCCAAAUGGCUGCGUUUGAAGGAGAAAUUAGGACGUUACUAUGGAGACCUAAUGAAGUUAUUACAGGUGCCAGUUUGAACACUGUAGGGCGUAGUAAGGAUUAGUAUCUUGUAUUUACAGCGCGUGCAUUUGAGUUAUCUCUGAUGUUUGGUUUUCAAAACAUUAUUUAGUACGGUUUGUCUUAGGUUAUCUUUUUGAAAACAACUUUGUCAGUUGCUUUUUAGUCAGUUUUUUGUUGUGCCGAGUCAGUGGACAUCUUCCAGUUCAAAUGGCUUCCUUGUUCUUGCUGCACUACAGGAAAGAAAGCCACGAAACGUCAGUUAAUUCAGAAGUCCUUGCUGCAUUAUUUAUUUAGCUGUACAUAGUACUCGACAUUGUUCUGUUUUGUGUUUUUAAGUGUUGUUUUUGAUAAUGGGAUAACAUAAGUUGUAAAGUGGUUGACUGUUAAACAACUGGUGAAAUUCCGUUUUCUUUUUUGGGGUAUUUUGGAAAUGUUUUGAAUCCGAGUGAAACUCCAAGCCAGAUAGACGAGGUGAGCAGUGUUCUGGUGUACAUGAAGGCUGAUAGUGUGGGCCUCUGAUCACUGUAAUAAUCAACCCAUGUCAGACUCCGUGAAGCAGAGGAUGCACCGGUUAUUUUCACAAUCACAAAUGUACAGAAAUUCUUUCAGGCUGUAGAUGACAAAAAGAUGUGUUUUCAAAGUAUUUAAAUCCCACAAACAUCUGGCAGUACAAAUAAAACUUGAUAUA